CUCGGCCAGCGUUGUUUGCAAGUUCCUGCCAGACGGGCCACACACAGGGCGCAUGGCAGGCGGCCCUCAGCUCGCCUCUGCGGGGACCGUGGUCACAGAAGCCUCUCUCCUCAGCAUGAAGCACCUCAGCUCUGCGCCCUGGGCCGCCCUGGUCCUCAGCCUGGCCUUUGCCUCUUUCCACCCGGCUUGCUUGGCAGAAGCAAGCAGCAGCAGCAACUCAACCUUGACUGUCCACCAUCCAGGCCUUGAGACCCUGGCGCAGUGCCCCAAUGUCGACUUCUGCCCACAAGCAGCCCGGUGUUGCCACACCGGAGUGGAUGAAUACGGCUGGAUUGCGGCUGCCGUUGGAUGGAGUCUCUUGUUUCUCACCCUCAUCCUGCUCUGUGUGGACAAACUGAUGAAGCUAACUCCAGAUGAGCCCAAGGACUUGCAAGCAUGACACUUAGAAUCUUUGUCCCAAGAAUGUCAAUCACCACCAAGUUGUAGGUAAUAGCAGGCAGGGAUAGCGCUAAUGUGAUUUCCAUUACUUUAAAGUUUUUUAAUCCUUUUUUGUUUGUUUUUGCUUUUGUUUUUGUUUUUAUUUUGGCCAUGCCAUGCGGCUUGUGGGAUCUUAGUUCCCCAACGAGGGAUCAAACCCAGGCUCUCGGCAGUAAAAUUCGGAGUCCUAACCACUGGACCUCCAAGGAAUUCCCAAAGUCUUUUCACCCUUAAGCUUCAGUUAAUUUUAAAAGGGAAAGAAGAAGGAAAUGGGGAUCCAAGGAAGACAAGACCAGUGCUGCUGCCAUCACACCUAAUUUCAAAAAGCACUUGGGCCCUUUAUAAUCUGAUAUCUCCCUGAUCAUCUCCUUUCUCAAGAUGGCCCCCAUGGGAAUUGCUUGUAGUUUGACCAUCGCCUUCUUCUGGCUUCCAAGGGUGUGGUACACGAGAAACAUAAGCUUCAGUCUUUCAGUCAACACAUUCGAAACAAAACUCAGAACCUUCUCACCAAAAACAAGGCGUUGUCCUUUGUCCCUUACUUCAGUCAAGGGCGUCACUGUCAUUUCAAAAUGUGAACUUCACCUUGGACACCCCCAGCUUCCUCACCCCCAUGUCCGAUGCUUCUCCAGCUCUUGUUCUUUCUCUGAUGCAUCUCCCAUGGCUGUCCUACCCAUCCUCCCUGCCGGCACCCUAGUUCUGGCCUUCACUACACCGUCCGACCAUCAUGUCAGGAAUAUUUCAUUUCAUUCUCACUGCCUUCAGGAUCUGCACCCCCAGCUGGUCACUCCCCUCAUCCCAAUGUCUUCCACUUCUCUGCUGUCAUUCCCUCUUCUAGGGUGGCUACUUCCACCUCCACCUCCAGAAUGAAGGCCAUUCCUCCAAGUCCAGCUCUAAUGCUUGCUCUGCCUGCAGCCUUCUCUGCUCGUCUUUGGGAGACCAGAAGCUGGUGGUCUUAGGGCAUUUCUGUGCUGCCCUGAGCACAGCCAUUGUGAAUGGGCCUCUUCACGCUCUGGGGCAUAAUGUUUUCCAGUGAACGGAUGAAUAAGCCAAUGAAUAAGUUCUUGCCCUAGAUGAAUUUAUGAUCAUCGCUCUGCAUUCAGAACCACUGUUUUUCUAUAGGUGGUUGACACAACUGACCUCUGGAGAAAGUACUUGGUUCCUGCUCGUUCAGGGAAUCCCUCAGGACCAGGGUGUCCCCAUGACUGUGCACUCUUCCAGUGGGAGUCGGGAGGAAAGGAGGGUGGGUUCAUGAGAAGGAAGAAAGGACACUGACUCUUUCUUUAUGAAAACAUGUCUGCCCUUUGAGAGCAAAUAUGUAUUUCGAACGGAUAAACUCUAAAUAAUCAUAAUACAGAAAGAAAAAGAAAAGUCAGAGGCCUCUGAAAUAGGAAGAAACAUUUUCUAGAGGUGGCAAAUGACCCAAAGCCGACCGAUUGCUCUUUCAGAAAGUCUGAAUAAAUUUCCCUGACCAUGGGAACUAAAGGAUUGCCUGGCACAUUGUGCUAUCUUCUGAAGAGCCAGAUGGUUUCAGAAUCUCAGUUGUUUAAUCAGUGAAACGGGAUGGAUUUAUUGUUCCUAAGGGUUAAUCAUGUGGACGCAAGUGUCUAUGUAAGCCCCGAGCGAUGUCAUGGACAUACACGUGGAUGUGUGUUCCACUUUUUUAGAAAUUGAAGGAAAGAGUUUCCACAAUACAUGAAUGGUUUAAUUCCUUUGAGAUGAAAAGAUUCAGUGUGGAGCUCACUUGGAUUUAAUAUCUGCGAACAUUUUUGAAAUAAAUCAGUGUGCAAUAGUGAUAAGAGCACGGGCUCACAAAAGAAAAGAAAAAAAAAAAAGAAGGGAAAUUAAGAUUUAUUUCUAACGAAUGUGAAUAGAAUUGACUUGUGACAUGUUGCCUUGCUGAGCUUCAACUUUCUAAGUGGAAAAUGUAAGAACUGGACCGAAUACAUGGUUGCACUAGGUUCCAAAAGCUCAGGGAGCUAUUCAAGGUGCUGCGUGAAAGUGGGUGGGCGUGAGGUCCUUCCCUGCAACUAGAGCAGCAGGGGUCUAAUCUCUUUUACACGUUUGUGGACCUCCGUGGCAAGAUUGCAUUUGCUGCCUUAAAGAACGGGCAGUCAGAGCACCAGUUGGCGCCUGGGACAACGUGUAGAUUCUUUGACUACACUGAAAUGAAUUGUGUGUAGUUGCUGCCACUGUCACAAUAAACUUUAGGCAUUUUG